AAUUAUUAAAGAGACAUCACAACCCCAACUACUACAAGGAUAUCUCCCCACAUAACUCCUCUUCUUCAACCUUUCAACUCCCAUAAAUUCCUCUCCCCAUAUUACUUUCCUUUGAUUCCAAAUCCUUAAAACUCUCUUUAGCUAUCAAUCCUAAGCACCCAAUUCCCACCAAAGCCCAAAAACUUUCUUGUUAUUCUCAUAUCUCACCAACCUCAUAUUGUUCUUCCCAUCUCAAACUACAAAACUCUCACAAAUCCUGAGCCAACUUUCUUUCUGGCUGAAGAACUUCACGCUCUUCCAUUCUAGGUGCCAAUGGAUUCCCACUCUGGCUACAGCAGCAAGCCCAGCUCUCACUCCCACAAGCCCCAGCCUUCCCCUAAAGAUCUCCUCUCCAGUGCCAAGGUGGUGGCGGAUGCUGCCAAGUCCACCCUUCACCAUGACACUGAAAAGAUCGACAAGGGCAAGGUGGCCGAUGCUGCUGCUGGCUUGCUCGGCGCCGCCUCGCAUUAUGGAAAGUUUGAGGAGAAGAAGUUUGGAAAGUAUGCUGAGAAAGCUGAGAAUUAUCUCCACCAAUACCAUUCCUCCCACUCAUCUACCACCACCACCGCAGCCCACCAUUCCUCUUCGGCUCAUUCGAGCAGCGAGGAUCACUCAGAGGGCGGUUUUGGGGACUACCUGAAGUUGGCUCAGGGAUUCUUGAAGAAGCACUGAAUCCUUCUUCGGACACUUGUACAAGUUAAUAUUUGUGUUCAUGUCUUUUUAGACUCUGUUUGUCUUUUGGAGUGGCUUAGAUGAAAGAAUUCUAAGUGACUGAUAUCUUAUUUGCACUUGUCAUGCUUGACCUUUGAUUGAAUGGGAUAAUGAUUUGGAUAGUGGAACCCUUAAAAAAGGAGAAUGUUUUUUGAGUAUUGGAUGGUGCAGUUGGGUUCUUUUACUUGCUGUUGCUAUGAAUCUCAUGCCAUUGUUACCAAGAACAAGUGUUCACUGCUUUGUAUUUUAUGUUUCUGAGGAGAUGCUAGUUCCUCUGUCUUAAGGGUGGAAGUCUUUCAAGGAAAGAUUUUUGUUCUAUGAGUAGGUUAGAUUAGGUCAUUAAAGUUUAGUUUGUAUCCAGUUUGGAGUUUCUUCUGUCAAUCCUAUGAGGAGAAAAACAGGUUCAUAUACGUUCUCUUCUGAAUUUUUGGAUGAAAAUUAGAUGGUUCUUUUAUUAUGAUCUUGUAGCUUCUCUUGUUAUUCUCCACAAGUUUAUGUAUGUAAACAUGGACAUAUGUCUAUGUACAUGUAUAUGUACAUAUUUGUUUGAUCAAUUCAAUGGGUUUACCUGUUUGUGCACC